UAUAAAAAGUCGCCGUCAGUAUUCUUUGGACAUUUCACACACCAAAAAUACAUUAAAAUCCGAAAACUCCAACGUUCUACAAUAUCCAACAACCUUUUACUAGUCCUAGUAUAUUCUUUUCUUUUCAAACCCACGCGCCUCUAAUAACCUCCACGCGCCACCCUAAAUAAAAAGAUAAGAAAAAAGAAAGUCACUAUAUGAUUGGUUUAGCAGUAGCAUUAAUUAACUGAUGGGUGGAGUAACUUCUUCCAUAGCAGCUAAGUUCGCUUUUUUCCCACCAAAUCCGCCGUCAUACACGGUGGUUGCUGAUGAAGGCAAGUAUAGCAUACCUGAAGUAGCCAGAAGAGAUGGAGUUGACUUUUUCAAACUUCGUACUCGACGUGGAAAUGAAAUCGUGGCCGUUCAUGUGAAACAUCCAAAAGCAUCUGCAACUAUGUUGUAUUCUCAUGGUAAUGCUGCUGAUUUGGGUCAGAUGUUUGAACUCUUUGUUGAAUUGAGCCUUCGUCUUCGUGUUAAUCUCAUUGGGUAUGAUUACUCUGGGUACGGACAGUCAAGUGGAAAGCCAUCUGAAUGUAAUACGUACGCGGACAUUGAUGCAGUAUAUAAAUGCCUAAAGGAGCAAUAUGGGGUCAAUGAUGAACAGCUAAUACUCUAUGGUCAAUCUGUCGGCAGUGGCCCAACCGUUGAUCUUGCAUCACGUGUACCCAAUUUACGAGGUGUUGUUUUACAUAGUCCAAUAUUGUCCGGUGUAAGAGUUUUGUACCCUGUCAAGCGGACAUAUUGGUUUGACAUUUACAAGAACAUUGACAAGAUUAGUGCAGUGAAUUGUCCUGUUCUGGUCAUUCAUGGAACAACGGAUGAAGUUGUUGAUUGCUCCCACGGAAAACAGCUGUGGGAGCUUUGCAAGGAAAAAUAUGAACCUUUGUGGAUAAACGGAGGUGGGCAUUGCAAUCUUGAACUCUAUCCCGAGUAUAUCAAACAUCUAAAGAAAUUUGUUAUUGGCCUUGGUAAACCGAAGCCUGCCACUAACGGCCCCCAGAAAGAGUCAACAGAGCCUGACAACCAGAGUAAACCAGCGGAAAGUGGGACCACAGACACGUUUGACCUGAAACCUGAUCUUCCUGAAAUUUCAAGGAACAGUUUGGACAGUCGACUUGAAAAGACAAAGAAGUCAAACAAACCUGAGAAGUCUCGGAUGAGCACAGAUCGUGUUGACAGGUUUAGGAGAAGAAAGGGCUUAGUGUGGUGAUGCCUUAAAAACAAAGGAAAAGUAACUUUAAUUAAUCAUCAGUAGCCCGCCCAAGAAUGUAACAUGUGCCUGUUUAUGCAAACAAGGGAUGAGCUCUAACCGCAGUUACUAUGAGUGUAUUUUUAGGUCUAAAUGGUUGAGUUAUCUGUGCCGUCAAGAUAUGAAGUGGUGACGGAAAAAUAAAGCAGUGCACAUCCCUUUUCCCCCUGUAUAAUCAAAUGUAACAUUUUGUAACAUGAAAAGCUUGUAGUUUUAUACUCAUAUGAGCUUCCAUACUUGUAUAUUAUGCAAGAUGUACAACUGUAGUGGCAGAAGCUCUUGGAUGCAUCAUCACCUGUGUGUAACUGUUUGCUAAGGAAAUUUGUUCUCUCAA